AUGGCGGACGUAGAAGUAAUGGAAGUGGACUCUGUCGAGUCAACAAAAAGUAAACCUAAGGCUGGAGGAAGCUCAGGGUCGAGUCAUGAGUUACCAUGGGUGGAAAAGUAUCGGCCGAUAAAAUUACAAGAUAUUGUUGGAAAUGAAGAAACCAUCAGUCGCCUUCAGGUGUUUGCGAGGGAUGGAAAUGUACCCAAUGUCAUCAUUGCUGGACCACCAGGGACAGGAAAGACAACAAGUAUACUAUGUCUGGCCCGCGCCUUAUUAGGGCCCUCCUACAGGGAUGCAGUGCUGGAACUCAAUGCCUCUAAUGACAGAGGUAUUGAUGUGGUGAGGAACAAAAUCAAGAUGUUUGCACAACAGAAAGUCACACUACCCAAAGGUCGUCACAAAGUUAUUAUACUGGAUGAAGCAGACAGUAUGACUGAUGGAGCACAACAAGCCAUGAGAAGGACAAUGGAAAUAUAUUCAAAGACGACACGAUUUGCACUCGCCUGUAACGCAUCAGAUAAGAUCAUAGAACCUAUUCAGUCCAGAUGUGCUGUGCUAAGAUACUCUAAGUUAACAGAUGCACAGGUUCUGAAACGUUUACUGGAGAUCUGUGAACAGGAAAGUGUUAGCUAUACAGAUGACGGGAUUGAGGCUAUUGUUUUCACAGCACAAGGUGACAUGAGACAGGCAUUAAAUAACCUACAAUCCACUCAUCAAGGAUUUGGACAUGUAAACAGUGAAAAUGUAUUCAAGGUAUGUGACGAACCUCACCCUGUACUAGUGAAGGACAUGCUACAACACUGUGUGAACGGUGCCCUUGAGGAGGCCUACAAGAUCAUGGCUCAUCUAUGGAAGCUCGGCUACUCCUGCCAGGACAUCAUGACAAUUGUGUUCCGAGUCUGUAAAACACACAGCAUGCCAGAAUUUCUGAAACUUGAAUUCAUCAAGGAGAUUGGCUACACACACAUGAGGAUAGCAGAGGGUGUCAGCUCAUUACUGCAGCUUUCUGGAAUGUUAGCAAGACUUUGUAAAAUAUCAGCUGUGCCAAAUUCACUCGGACAAUGAUCUGCUUGACAGCAGGAGUCAUAACUAUUGACCUCUGACCCUGGUCUUGUGAUAGCAAAAGUGACCUCAUUUCGAGAUUCUGUUCCAAAAGAGAAACAUGAUUAUUGUCAACAGUUACAGUUCUACUUGGUGUUCAUAUUACAGGAAGUGAUAUUGUCAAGUAAUCCUGACAGGUCUUUUCAGAACACCACUGGACAAAGGAAACACACUGAUCAUGGAAUCGAGGACAAUGGACAAGCUUUGUGUAUUUGAAACAUGUCUACAUAUAUUUAAAUCAAAGUAGUGACUAUUCUGUUCUGUUCUAUGAAUGGAGACUACUUAGGUGUAGCAAAAAGCUGUGUAUGCAGUAGGAGACUUCAUACACUCAGGAAAACAUUUGUUAUCAUUGAAUAUUUGGGUUAUGUUUAUAGUAAAUUGUAAAGCAUUAUGAAACUUUACAGAUACUUACAGUAACUGGGUUUGUACAUCACCAGAAGUCUCUGCACUAGAAUUUUAACUCUAAAUUAAACAUUAGUCCCUCUCUGAAUUCAAAACAAUGCAGGGCUUUAAGAAUAAUGGCAUAUGACAUUAUACCUGUGUUCACAAACAGUUCUUAUUGGUUUUGACCAGGGUAAAAACACCAAAAUGUUUAACGUAAGUGCUGAGAGCAUUGUGUUUAAGAGUCUGGUGCGAAAAUCAUACCCUUGAUCUAGUACUUGUUGCGAGAACAAAGUCGUCAUAUUUCCAUAUGUUGUAUGGUAUUACAUAAAGUCAAUGAUUUUAUGACUGGAAUAAAUGUACAGAAUUUUUUUU